AUGUCGUCAUAAAUCGUCUAAGAGCAGUGAUCGACUGCGGUGCGACGAAAGAGAAUCCAGUAUGGAAGAUAGGGAGAGAGUUGGAAAGUAGGCCUCACUGGCUCAGUCAGUGCUAGACUGUGACUCGGACCGUUUGGACGUCGACAUGAUUAUCCCGCUCUGCCUGUUGGUCAUCAUUGGCCUGGGCCACUGCCAGGAUGGGGUACCAUCACGUACCCAGAUUGAGAUGUCGAUCAAUCGAACGAUCGACGAAGUAGAGCGAAUGAUUCGCGAGGAUCCCAGACUACCGCGACUUUCACGGACGGAAAUAGUCGACAUUUUGUUCAACAUAACGUCGAAAGACGUUAUCGAUUCGAACGCGGAUAAAGAGAGCAUCGACAAGGCGAGGAUGGAGUACCAGAGAGCGUUGAUGGUCGUGCUGCCAUACAGUCCAAAUGCCUCGGAGGAAAAUCUUAAGGAUCUAUACACAAAGCCGCCGAUGGUCCAAAUGAUUUCUGAUACAAGUGACCCAGUGAACUACGAGAUGACUUAUGACGAUGGUGGAAUGGAAGGAGAAAUGAUCUAUUCAGAGAAACCGGAAGAGCCGAACUUCGCACUUGACACUUCCAUCGACAACCACGUGGCGUUGGCCAACCCUGCUGAGGUGAAGGACGAAAUCGAGGAGUCCACUGGUUCCUACGAAAAUCACAGAGAUACGUAUUCCGAAGUGGUGGAUCCGAUCGAUUUCAAGACACUUUCAACAGUCAGCAACUUCAGGCCUAUAUAUGACGGCAAACCGAGAGUCGUUCACGCCGAGUCCCCCGAACUAUUCAGUUUUAACUUGAACAAUUUGCAAACCACCCCAAGAAGCUCGUUCGAUUCGACCGACUCCAUUGUCUAUAGCCAGGCUCCGGAACAGUUCGAGGACUCCCUUUCGACGGAUUCGAAACUCGAGAUCGUCUAUAGCACUACCGUGAACACUAGAAAACCCCCGACAACGAAAUUCAAUAACGAAGUUGGCCAGGAGCUGAGUACCGAGUCAACUACAGUGUCUUCGACAACUACCAAUCGUCAUGUUCUGGCUUCAGACCAAUGGCACUACAAUGCUCCUCCAGCCACAGUGGACUCCGUGAAGAAGUACCCCGAGUACAAGUUUCCCACUCAAACAGAAUCCUCGGGAAGUUCGAUCUUCGAAGCUUUCAGUACCACGACGAAAAAUCCCGAAAUGACGAUAAACAUCCAAGGACAAAACACCGAGAAGAAACAUGACUUCAAAAUGGAGGACCUGAGUUCAACGUUCGUUACUUCGAUGUCGACUAGCACGACUGGUCCGGUAAAAACGAAAUUCAGCUCUUCAUAUGCAGCUAAUUCUGCUGGAGUUUCGAAGGUCAGUCCUACCAUGCCGCCUAUGAGAUCAGAAAUAAAGGAUCUCCUGGCGUCCAUCGGUCUUUCGGAGAGUAAUCCAGAUCAGCAACCAAACGUUGGAAGCACCGUGCCAUUUUCUGGCUCAAAUAAUCUGGUCCCUUCGCAAAUAUCCGGUCUGGAAGCCCCGGGAACAAAUUCUCCUUCAAUUUUGAACCAGAAUACGUUCGGAAGUCCAAGCUACGACUACAAGAAGGGAACGCAAAAUCUCAGCCCUGAUAUGAGACUUCUCCUCCAGACCUUUGGCCUUCAGACUUCUAAGAACUCAGAGACACCAUCCACUACUACGAAAAAGCCGAUACCUGUUGUUGUCAAUUUAAACUCUUAUUCUAACUUCAAGCCCCUGCCAACGAUGAAUGUGAAAGAUCAGGAUAUGCGAGAUUUCUUGGCCAAAUUUGGCUUGGGCGAUGGUGACAGCCAGAAAACUCGGAGCCACAAGUCAGUGAAGACGAGGAAAAGCGCGGAAGCCAGUCCUCCAUCACUGAUAGAAGCUGUGCCGGACAACAUGAGGAAGAUUUUGGAGAAUAUCGGGCUGAUCACCAGAUCGGAAAAGUCUUAUCAAUACAAUGAGACUGUCACUUCUCAUUCAUCAGGCUUGCCCGACACCCCAAAGCUGCAUGUCUUCAAGCCACACGAAACGCCGGGUCAUACUAAGGAGCAGAAGGAGAAGAUCAACAAGCUACUGGACACCGUAAGAAAAGUCCAGUCGGGCUCAGCGGAUUCGCAGGAAGUUCAGGCUGCUGCUAAGGAUCUUUUGGAAACGACAAAGACCCUGCAGAAUGGACCGGAUCCGCUUAGCCUUGAGGAAAUCCUGAACAUUUACAACGAGGGGAUCAAGAACGAGGUCAAGAGACAGGAAGACGUGACGACACCUCCGAAUGACAGUGGAGCGGACAAUGCGACACUGUUGUCAACUGAAACGACAACACCACCCAGUGCAGAAACCACGUCUACAACGACUGCGGCGACUUUACCGGACUUCUCGAUAGCUUCUGGAACUUCGAACUUUGCCGACUUGGCAGACUCGUUUGGUGGAAGUACGAGGGCACCGGAUCCUGUCUUACCGAUGCAGAGGAAAACCGGUCUCUAUUUCCUCGUCGACUGGAACACGUUCCUAGAGGUCGGCGAGGAGGGGUCUGCGGAUAAGGUCAAUUUAAGGUUCCAACCCAAAGUAGGUGACAGGACAAGAUUCCUUCCGGUUACCGUGCCGUGAAAUCAUUACGUUUCGCCUUCGCCCUCGCGAUGCAGGGCCAAAAUUUGGAGAAUAGAGCGCCUGUAAAUAAUCCUGAACGUUCAUUCGCCUAAUCCGUAUAAAUAUAUUUAUAUAUAAGUUUCUUUUUUUUUAUUACUUUUUAUUUACUGCUCACGGAGCGUUCUAUGUAUUUAUUUUCUUUCACUUCACAAUUCUUGCAAUUUUUCAAGUUGAAUUGAGAAAAAGUAGAUUUUAUCGAGGUGUAAUUGAUUUUUGAAAAGCUCGACUCUUUGAAUCAACCGAAAGAGAUUACCGCGUUUCUAAAAUUUAUUUUGUUUCAAUGCUCAUCGUCAUUCAGCACCUUAUGAUCGUUCUACCUAUGUAGGAUUUCACGAAUAAUAAUUUUUUACCAAAACGACCAGA